GGAAGACCCAAGUGAUGAGUUUUUUGUGUGUGAGUGUGUGUGAGGAGUGUGCAUCAAGUUUGGGUGGAGCACUCUGCUGCGUCCCCUGACAGUGCGCACAUCGUAAGACUUCAGCUUUGAAACUGGUGUCUGGGCCACCAUGGCGAAGAACAGCAAUUCUUUAGGGGUCCCUAUUGGCCACAUGAGCCAGGCAGUGUCAGAUGGAGAUUUGAACAUGUCCACACGCGGCUGUGGAGGCAGCAGCUCCAGCCUUCCUGGGACUCCAGCCGGAGAGCACGGUCCAGCCAACAGUGUCAUGAGCUGGGCCGUAUCAUUUGAGAAACUGUUGGAGGACCCUUGUGGUGUCCGCUACUUUACGGACUUCUUAAAGUCUGAGGUGAGUGCAGAGAACAUUUUAUUCUGGCAAGCUUGUGAAAAGUUCAAGAAGAUUCCGGCCACUUCAUUGGUUGAGCUGAAAGCAGAAGCUCGCUCCAUCUACAACACUUACCUGUCUGAGAGUGCUCCCUACUGUGUUAACAUUGAUGAUACAGCAAAGACAGAGGAGAAGGACCUUGAGCAGCCCACACCUGACAUGUUUAACAAAGCUCAAGCGCAGAUAUUUAAGCUGAUGAAAAUGGACAGCUACAGGCGCUUUGUACGCUCUCCUCUUUAUCAGAGCUGCACCUUGGCAACAGUAGAAGGCAAAGGUCUACCUCAGCUCUCUAAUGAGCCUUCCCGCAUAGGAUCCUGGGAGGAUGUGGCUUCCAAAAGUCUCUUAAGGGAUAAGAAGGGCAAGAAGUCAGACUCGAACAGCUUUCAGGGUGGUAAGAGUGCCUCAGAGAAACACCGACAGAAAAGAGGAUCCUGGGGAGAGACCCAAAUGUCAAUCAAGUCGACCAGUAGUGUGGAGCUUGGCUCCCUCUACAGGCAGUUAGAGAAUGGCUGCUCGAGUCCCCGCUCCCCCGAGCAGGGUGGUGGAGGUGGGAGUCGUAUAGGAUUGGAGGGGGGAUACUGCUGUGUCUUCCUGCCCGAUGGCAGUGCCUCCUUGGCACCCACGCGUAAUGGCCAACCAAUCAAAGACAUGUUGGCUAGCCUGUGUGAGAAAAGAGGCUUCCCACUGAAAGAUGUUAUCAUUUACCUUCAUGGCAAGGACAAGCAACCCUUAUCACUGGACCAGGACUGCUCCGUACUGAGAGAUCAGCAGGUCUCUUUAGAGCUCAGAGUGACGUUUGCGUUGGAGAUUGCCUUCACUGAUAAAACCAUGGGGAUUAUGGCAAAGUCUAGUAAGACACUGCAGGAUGCCCUCUCGGUGGUGCUGCAGAAGCAUCAUAUUAAGCCACAAGAGGCCUUGGUCACCAUGGUUGGAAGUGAUGAGCCCGUGAGCAUGAGCAGCACUGUGUUCAAACUGGCCAAUAAGACACUCCGACUUGACAAAAUCAAAGGGAAAGAGCAGACCAGCAUCUCCAGAGGCAGUGCUUCUUCUGCAGCCAACCAGGCAGGAGCAGCGAGUACAUCGGGCCAAGACAGGGCCAAGGCUCAGCCCAGGCCUAAGAACCGUGAAAUGGAUGGUUUGUUGGACAUGCUGACGAGGGUUCAGAACUCCAGGGUGGAUGAUCAGCGAGGUCUUCUCACCAAAGAGCAGCUGGCGGUUCCUUCCUUCCUGCAGCUGCCUGCAGAGCGGGCGCAGGACUCAGAGGAUCCCAGUACAGCCAGCUCUUCCUCUACUGACUCCAAAGCAAAGUCUGAGAACCAGAAAUCGUUAACUGAGAACUCAGCCGGAGCAGUGAAGAAAGCCCCUGACUCUGCUAAAUCUGAAUCUCCAGACAUGAAGGAAACAACCGUUUGAAAGACAGUCAAGAAGAUGGGAAGAUGUGGUCAAAAACUACGAUGAAUAUUUCAAAAAACUGUGAUGUGACUAAUUGAAAAAAAAACAAAACAAAACAACCCUGCAAUAAAUCAUUAGUCCAGUAGCACUUUUUUCUAAUUGUAUAAGCUCUGAGAAAGCAUUGUGCUACCACACACUGCUGUAUGCUUAUGAAUGGCCUUUUUUUUUUAUUAGUAAAUAAGGCAGAUCAUGGCAAGCAUUUAGUGUCGUCCUGAAACACUACACAUCCUUAUGGGAAAAAUGUUUGCUAUGAAAUGAUUAAUGCACCCUUAUAUGAAAAAGUUCAAGUGUGACCCUGAAACUUAUUUAAACUUUUUGGUAUCGUUUUCCCCCCGAUGCUGUACAGUUCGAUUUAUCAUUCUGUUGCUUCUGUUUUUUCACAGCCGUAAUUUAGUCAUUUUUUUCCCCCCCUUUAAACUAAAACUGGUCUGCACAGGAACUUGUGAAUGUCCAAAAUGGGUUUAAAUGUGUUUUGCACUAUUGUUUAUUUGCUUGAACUUUUAUUGAAUAUUUUAUGCUGAUUAGUAUUUAAUAUUUUAGAUUUAUUUUUUUUGUGUGUGUGUGUGUGUGUGUUAGCAUGCUUCCUUUUUCUUAAAAUCCAAAUGUUUGCUGUGAUGGCACUUUGCAAAGCCCUGGGCAUGUCCCGUAUUCCUGUUGCUUACAUCUUAGAGUACAGAUCAAAAUCCAGCUUAUUAAUGAGUAAUGGGAUUUUUUAUUUUAUUUUUUAACUGAAACAGUUGCUGUGUCGCUAAAAAUAAUCCACAGGGUGUAUCUAAAGAAUUAAAGUGUUCUAUGAUAAAUUGUUA